AUGACAGGUACGGCGACUAACCAAGACAUGCAGAGUGACAAGGACAUCGCGAAACAUCGUCAAGCUUACAGGAUGGUUGAAGGCCUCUUCCUGAGCUACUAUUUUGAUGACGAUUGCGUUCACUCGGCGCUUUCCUACGAAGCGCAACCAGAGGACGUGUUCGUCGUGACCUAUCCAAAGUGCGGGACGACCUGGCUCCAGUACAUCCUGUGCGCCAUCUUCAACGACGGAGUUCCCCCUGGGAACAGUCAAGACUUCUGGUCGAAGAUGCCAUUUUUGGAGGCUUGUGGACACAUUAAGAGAACUCCCAGACCGAUCGCCAUUAAGACGCACCUUCCUUUCCAGAAACAACCCUAUUCGAAGCAGGCGAAGUAUCUGUAUCUCGCGAGGAAUCCGUACGAUUGCUGCGUCUCCUAUUUCUACGGUAUCAAAGUCGCGCCUGCCUACGCCUUCGAGGAGGGAACCUUCGAGGAGUUUUUGGACAUGUUUCUGGAAGGAAAGGUGGAGUUCGGGGAUUACUUUGAAAACCUCCUUUCUUGGUACAAGCAUCGACACGACGCCAACGUCCUCUUCAUGACUUACGAGGACCUCACGAGGGACACGGAAAGCGGGGCGCUGAAAAUCGCAGAAUUUUUAGGAAAAGACCACGGCGAGCGGUUACGAAACAAUCCGGGCAUCGUAGCGCGGAUACUGCAUGCCUGCAGCAGUGAAAGCAUGAAGAAAACGUUAAGCGACGGUCUGUUUAUGUCGCCUCUCGAGCGGUCUUCCGAGUCGUCACCGCUGAAAAAUCGAACGUCCAAGGAGGCAAGCGAGGUAUUCUUCAGGUUAUUGGCGAAAAUACCUUUCAUGAGAAACCCUGUACGGAAGGGCGUAAUCGGAGACUGGAGAAAUCACUUCACCGAAGAUCAGGUGAGGAGUAUGAAGAACUGGAUUACGAUGAGAACCGCGGACAGUGACGUGAUGAAUCUGUGGGAAAACGAGAACCUACCGUAA